AUGAGAUACUCUCUUAUGGAGUUUUUAGCUUAUUAUGUUAUAAUAUUAUUUGACGAGAACUGCGAUAUACAUUUUGAAAAUUUAAGAAUAAUCACAAAGUUACUUAAUAAAUGGAACGUUUUAAACAAAGAGAAUAUUCAUCAAAACCCUGAAGAAACUACUUUCCUCGAUGAUCCCAUUGAAGAGAUUAUAAGUUUAGAAGAGGAAGACACACAAAAGAAGUUAGAAGAAUAUAAUGAUGAAAGUUCAGAAACAAACAAAGAUAACAAUACUAACAUAGAAACUAACGACAUGGAAACAGAAGAAACAAACUCAGAAGAAAUCACUGAAGACUUUGAAAAUGAAGAAGAAAGCAAUGAAAUGGAAUUUGAAGAGUCUAACGAUGUAGAAUAUGAAGAUCCCUCAUCAAUUCAUAGAGUCACUGAGGGUAUAAACAAUUAUUGGAGUUUCCAUUUCCAAGAAGACCAUUCAUCUCUUAAAGAUUUGAAUGGUUUUAACUUUUAA